UUCCAAACUUAGUAAUAAAUACCAUUUUCUUAAUGUCUUCUGGCCUCAUGAUGACACAGAUUUUGAUGCAUCUGAACCUACUAUAAUAGGUUUCAAUCAACUCUCUGGGCAAAUGUUUAAAUUAUCAAG